GAGCUCAUUGUACUCGCCAGUCAGCUGCAGCCGGCAGCUCAGUCAGCUGAUACAGGGCAGGCUUCUAGGCUCAUUCACUCUUCUCUCUCUUCCCCAAGUGGAUUAAAACUCUUGUUGCUGAGGUUCUGGGUCAGGAGGAUUAUUCAAAGUGAUGUGGGCUUGAGGAAUAAUUUCAGUCACAAACUGGAUUCUCCUACAACUUUCCUGAGCAGCUGCUCUUCAGUAAAGGAUGGCUUCCAAUUUUAAUGACAUAGUGAAGCAAGGGUAUGUAAAGAUUAGGAGCAGACGUUUAGGUAUUUAUCAGAGAUGCUGGUUAGUAUUCAAGAAAGCUUCGAGCAAAGGGCCAAAGAGAUUGGAGAAGUUCUCGGAUGAGCGUGCUGCGUAUUUUAGGUGCUAUCACAAGGUCACAGAACUCAAUAACGUAAAAAACAUAUUACGGCUGUCAAAAAGCACAAAGAAACAUGCUGUUGGGAUUUAUUUUAAUGAUGACACAUCCAAAACCUUUGCUUGUGAAUCAGAACUUGAGGCCGAUGAAUGGUGCAAAGUGCUGCAGAUGGAGUGUCUAGGAACUCGAAUUAAUGACAUUAGCCUUGGAGAACCUGAUCUAUUGGCGUCUGGUGUAGAAAGGGAGCAGAGUGAGAGAUUCAAUGUGUAUUUGAUGCCAUCCCCUAAUUUAGAUGUGCAUGGGGAAUGUACCUUGCAGAUAACAUAUGAGAAUAUCUGUCUUUGGGACAUCCAGAAUCCCAGAGUAAAACUCAUUUCUUGGCCAUUAAGUGCCCUCCGACGUUAUGGACGGGACCCAUCUUGGUUUACGUUUGAAGCAGGGAGGAUGUGUGACACAGGAGAAGGACUAUUCAUCUUUCAGACAAGAGAUGGGGAGGCAAUCUAUCAGAAGGUUCACUCGGCUGCUUUAGCCAUAGCAGAACAACAUGAGCGCUUACUACAGAGCUUGAAAAAUUCAAUGCUUCAAAUGAAAAUGAGUGAGCGAGCUGUGUCUCUCAGCACCAUGGUGCCCUUGCCUCGGAGUGCCUACUGGCAGCACAUUACACGGCAGCACAGCACUGGCCAGCUCUACGGCCUGCAAGAUGUUUCAAGCCCGCUGAAGCUUCAUCGAACAGACACUUUCCCCACCUACAGAUCAGAGCAUCGAUAAAAGAUUGCAAAGCACUUAAAACUCUUUGUCUUGUGACAGACUGCCCCGGUGGAUAAUAAUGAUGAUGGCAAGCAGGAAAGCAAAGUGGAAUUACUGGGGGAAAAAAAUCAGCUUGGAUUAAGAAGUCCUGCAAUACAAUAUAUUUUAUUUUUUACUUUGGCAAAAGUGAAAUCUGUUCUGCAGAUCUUUAAAAAAGAAAUGACUCCAAUGUUUGUUUCAUAUUUUACAUCUGAACAGAAAGGAAAUUGACCCCUUAAAUAUGACUUGAUGUUUUUGUAUGAUAGAUAUCAGUUGUAAAUAUAUUAACUUGUCCUCUGAUGUGGAGCACUGUGAUUUCACUUUGUCUAAUUCAGCUGUGAGGUGAUGUCAACUGUGUCAGCAAUCCCAUGGUUCAUGUUUGGUGUAGCUCUUACUCUUUCUUUACUAACAUAAUUGUUCAGACCAAUCCUUGACCUUUGAGAAAUGGUGGCCAGUUUUAUGCGGCAGUUAAAUCUAUUCUUCCUGUGUACAGAGUCUGUAGAAGACUUGGUUGACUUUUAAAGGACAUUGUCAAGUGUCUUAUUUUUCAUAUGUUUGCUUCCAGCUCUGGUGGCUAGAAAUAAAACAUUUUUUCUCACCA